GCGAGCGGGCGGGAAGACUGGCUCGGCGCGCGCACGCGCGGCUCCGAUCCAUGGGGCCGCUGAGUGGGGCCGGCGCGGUGGGCGCGGGGGUGGCGGCCUUGUACGUGGCGGCCCUGCCCCUCUCCGUGCCCGGGGGAGACUCUGGGGAGCUGAUCACGGCCGCCUAUGAGCUUGGAGUUGCUCACCCCCCAGGCUAUCCUCUUUUCACUCUUUUGGCUAAACUGGCAAUUGAGCUGCUCCCUUUCGGCUCGGUCGCUUUCCGAGUGAACCUGCUCUGCGCUGUGCUCGGAGCCGCCGCAGCUCCGUUUUUCUUUUACACCGUGGCCAGGCUUUCUGGCAAGCGUGCUGCAGGAAUCUUUGCUGUGGGGAUGUUUUCGUUUUCUCGCCUCACAUGGCAGUGGUCCAUCACGGCAGAGGUUUUCAGCUUAAACAAUCUGUUUGUGGGGCUGCUGAUGGCUCUCUCCGUGCGCUUCCGGGAGGCUGCCACCGCCAAGGAGAGAUCAAAGAUCUGUAAAGUGGGCGCCUUCUGCUGCGGCCUCAGCUUGUGCAACCAGCACACCAUCGUCAUCUAUGUGAUUUGUGUUGCGCUGUGGGUUUUCUCCCGCUUGCUCAGGGAGAGGGAAUUGACCCCAGGCCACAUGUCAAAGUUGACUUUCUGCUUCCUGGCUGGCUGCCUGCCUUAUCUCUACCUGCCUGCCUCUUCCUACCUCAACAAAGCGCGCUGGACCUGGGGAGACCAGACGACCCUUAAGGGAUUUACGACCCAUCUUCUCAGGGAAGAAUACGGAACCUUCAAUCUGGCAAAAUUAGAGAAUGGAUCGAGUAUGGCUGAUAUAUUGCUUUUCCAAGUGACUGACAUGAGGACGGAGCUCUCCGCCAUCACCCAAGCCCUUGCGAUCGCCGCCUGUUUGUGUGCUGCAUUGAGGCCCAAGGUGGAGAAGCCACAUUUAGUCUGGCUGUUCACUUCAAUGCUCCUCGCCUAUUCAUUUUUCUUUGCUUGGAGAGCAAAUCUGGACAUUUCAAAGCCGCUGUUUAAAGGAGUGGUCGAGCGAUUCUGGAUGCAGAGCAAUGCGGUGGUUGCUGUUCUAGCUGGCCUCGGUUUCUCCUCGCUUUUCUCUUUUGCAGAGGGGGUAGUUGGAAACAGCCGAGUGCUUCGCUGCCUGGAAUGGCUUCUUGCUGCCGUUCUGGUCACUGGGCAAAUCUGCUCUAAUUACAGCGUCUGCGACCAAAGCCGCAACUACGUUGUCGACUGCUUUGCAAGGAACCUUUUGUCCUCCAUGCCUCCGGAUGCUAUCGUCUUGCUGAGAGGGGACUUGCCCGGCAAUUCUCUCCGUUAUCUCCAUUAUUGUGAGGGAGUGAGACCUGACGUUACCUUGGUGGACCAAGAAAUGAUGACUUACCACUGGUACUUACCGAAGAUGUCAAAACAUUUGCCGGGCGUCAUCUUUCCUGGGAGCCGGUGGAAUCCUCUGGAAGGGACGUUGCCUGAUGGGACGGCCACAUUUAAUCUCCAUCACUUUCUCAAAGUAAAUAAACACAAAGAAACCUUUGUCUGCAUUGGGCUCCAUGAAGGUGACCCCACCUGGAAGAAAAGCCACUCCCUUUGGCCGUGGGGCUCUUGCGAGAAGCUGGUGCCUUCGGAAACUCCCUUCGACCCCGGAGAGUGGAUUGAGCGAACCAGAAACCUCUAUAACUGGAGCGAGGAAUAUGGGAGGUUUGAUUCAUCUUCGUGGGAGUUAGUGGCAAAUGAAGAGAUGUGGCAAGCCAGGAUGAAGACAGCCUUCUUCAUUUUUGACCUAGCGGAAACGGCUCGUGUGUCUACGGAUGUAAAAGCCCAGCUUUAUACAUAUGCUUACAAUCUGUACAAGGAGAUCGUCAGCACCCACAAACUGCACCCGGCAAACUGGCACAAGAACUACGCGAUUGCUUGCGAGAGGAUGUUGCACCUUCAGCCGGGAAGGGAAGACCCGGAACUGCUGCUGUCGGAGGCCAUCAAGCACUUCCUCCUUUACACAGAGAAAGCGGAAGACGAGCCCCAGCAGAGCAGUAUUUUGCAAGCUGUAAAACACCUGAAGAAGGAACUGAGGGGGUUGAGACAAAUGAAAAGGGGCGGAGAGACUUUUCAGCAAGGCACAAAGUGAAGGAGCUGUGGGCAACACAUAGAAAAGAACGCUUGGGGAGAUAAUGAAAUAUAAGAAGAAAACAUAAGUUGAACCGUCUAUGGGUGGAAGUGAAGUCAACCUCUUGGUUGCUUACUUUAAAAAAUAAAUAAUUGCGGGGAGGGCAGGGCCGGAUUUAGGUUUGAUGAGGCCCUAAGCUACUGAAGGUCAUGGGGCCCUUUAUAUGUCCAGCUGUCCUUUGUCAACAACAAAUGGUCGCUGGUUUUUUUUGUGUUGAAUAUAUGCUAUAUGGUCAUUUAUGGACCUAAUAGGCAUCUCAAGCCAUUUGCACAUAACAAAAUAUGUAUUUUAUCAAAGUAAUUGUUGAACUGAAAUACAAUUAAGAAGAAGUAUAUUAGUGAAAUAAUUAAUAAGCUCUAAAAUGAUUUUUUAUAUUUCAGGGAGCAAGCUUAGCAGGCGGGGCCCAUGACUUACGUAAUAGGAGCCUACACAACACAAAACACUGUUGCUGUAUGUACAGGUGAAACUUGGAAAAUUAGAAUAUCAUCAAAAAGUGAUUUAUUUCAGUAAUGCAACUUAUUAUUAUUUUCUUUUUCUUUUCAGUUUUACAAAUGCUUUCUUUUGGAAAUUCCACAGUAAUAAAACAAAUAGUUACAAUAAAACAAAAAUAAACAUCGCUAUUACAUUCCAUUAAUUACCUUCCAUUUAUAAUUGACCCGCCUAACGAUAAAUAAUUACAAUUACAACAAAUAAAGACUUGGCAUAUCUUGCUUUGCAUGUCAUGCAUCUAUCUCAUAUAGUGGUUUCACCUUUUAAGUUGCAUUACUGAAAUAAAUGCACUUUUCGACGAUAUUCUAAUUUUCCGAGUUUCACCUGUAGGUUUUAUUUUAUUUGUUUUUUAUCUUAUAUUUUGGAAAUGUACAUCCAGUUUUUCCCCCUUUAAAUUUUUUUGGGGUCCCCAAGAGCGUGGGGCCCUAAGCUUGUUUAGUUUAUACGUAAAUCCGGCACUGGGGGAGGGUCUAAGAAAGGGGUGAAAUGACAGGAGCUUUAUGGAAUGGCAUCAAACAAACAAACAAUCUGCAAGCUGGGGAAAGUAGAGAAGCAUUUCUCCUUCUGCCAAUAGUACUGAAACCCUUAGUCGUUCACUGCCGUCAGUUUGUGCACAAAUUUUAGGGCAUGCGUUUGAAACAGACGGAAGUGUUCUGCGACCCAAGUGCAACAAACCCGCUUUCGAAAAGGAGCAGCCUUUUUGCAGUGAGGAAAGUGACAGGAAAAUGCAUUGAGAAGCGAAGUGAAGGAGAGACUUGAUGGGAAGAUGCGCCAACUCCCCGCAGCCAGAUCAGGAGCAGGUCAGAGGGGGCCCCCUGCAAAUGAGUCAAUGGGAACUUUCAAUUGAGUCUCUUGAGGGCUACUAAAUCCAGCCCAUUAUUUGGAGGGCCAAGCAGCCUCAUCGGCACAGUCCUCCUUUCAGCAGGUAAGGCUGUACACCAUUUGCAGCCUCCGAACAAAAGUUACAAAUUUUCUGGCGGCACCCCGGGAUUAUUGUAAUUAUCCAAAGGGCUGGGACCAUAAAUCAAGCAGUUGAGCGUCCACUUUGCAUGCAAAAGGUCCCGGGUUUAAUCCCCGGCAUCUGUCGGGUGGGCUGGGAAUGCCCCCUUGCCUGAAACCCUGGAGAGCUGCUGCCAGCCCGUGCAGACAAUACUGAACUAGAUGGACCAUUGGUCUGACAUGGUACGAAGCAGCUUAUAUCUUCCUAUGAAUUCUGGCCCUUCAGUCUUAAUCAGGAUUACUCAUCAUCAAUACGAAUUCAUUAUCCUUAUGAUGAUGCAUAAAGAAAGGAUCGGGUGAUCUGAAGACACCCUGGAGGGCUACUGCCAGCCAGAGAAGGCAGUACUGGGCUAGAUGAACAAAUAAUAUAACUCUGUAUAAGGCAGCUCCAUAUGCUUAUAAUGCACUGAGUGUGGAGCUGUCGUUGAGUUUGGAAACUGUGGUUAGUACAAAACACACCUGCUAGGUUGCUAAGUGGGGCUGAGUGCAUUUCGGCUGUUUUUAAGACAGCUGUACUAGAAGAAGAGUUUGGAUUUGAUAUCCCACUUUAUCACUACCCGAAGGAGUCUCAAAGCGGCUAACAUUCUCCUUUCCCUUCCUCCCCCACCACAAACACUCUGUGAGGUGAGUGGGGCUGAGAGACUUCAGAGAAGUGUGACUAGCCCAAGGUCACCCAGCAGCUGCAUGUGGAGGAGCAGAGACGCGAACCCGGUUCCCCAGAUUACGAGUCUACCGUUCUUAACCACUACACCACACUGGCUCCCCAUCCCUUUUGGGACCUAAUUCAGGGCACUGGUUUUGACCCUUAAAACAUCCUGCAUGGUUUCGGAGGCCUGGCUUCUCCUCUUGCACGAACCUAGGAGGCCAGUGGAGGCUAGUUCUUCGUGACAAACGGGGUGCUGCCCCCCCCCCAUCGGCCUCAGCCAGCCCCAACCUUCCUGACUUGUCUCUUACACCCAUCUCUGAGGGGGUGGCAGUGCCUGUUAGCUUCCGCCUCCUUAAUCUCAGAGUUGCCCUUGUAGAACUCAGCAGGGACUGAGGAUGGAGACAAAACUAGAAUUAGUUGAACCUGGUGCUACUUUUCUAGCAAAAGCGGUGCUGGGAUCUCACUGUGAACACCUCCCUCCUUCUCUUGGAAGGGCAGUGGUGGCCUUUACCUCAUUUGUUGCCACUACUGUUUUCUAAUGCUUCUCUACAUUUGCUUUUUUUUAAUGUGUAUAUUGCAAUUUUUUUUCGUUUUUUUGUUGCGUUAGAUGAGAGUUGUUUUUUUAAAAAAAACCUGUGGAUGCAUGAUCUUUCAUCAAAUAAACAGAUAAAUUACCCCAUUUUCCUGCCCGUUUUGUAGCUUCCUCUUCCAUCUGCAAAAUCACAGAGAGUGAAUGGGCUGUG